GUGUGGCAGAGUGUGAGCCGCAGCAGUCCGGGCUGAGUGUAGAGCGGAGCGGAGAGACUGCGGAUCAUCUCUACGGAGUGCAGAGCGCUGGACUACGGGCUGUCCUCCCCCCUCCUCAUCUCCUACACCCCCGGAUCUCACCCCCCCCCCGGGACCGGACCAUGGGAGGAUCGCACUAGAGGAUCCCCGAUCAUUCUAUCUUCUCCGAUCUCUCCGGAUUAUAGAACAUGACCCCCCGGACCCCGCUCCCGAUCCUCUGCCUCCUCUCCCACCUCCUCCUCCUCGGAUUAUGUCUGGAUGGCGGAGCGCCCUGUCCGGGCAACUGCACCUGUACCGGGGCCACUGUGGACUGCAGCAACCGGGGGCUCUCCGAGGUGCCCGCUCCGCUCCCCACCGGGGCCACACACCUAAACCUGAGCCACAACAAGCUGAAGGAGAUCGAUCCGGCCGCCUUUGUGGAGCUGCUGGGACUACGGGAAGUGCAACUGGGGUACAAUGAGCUGACAUCCAUCCCAUCCUUAGGAUCUGCUGCUGCUCAGAUCAUCAGUCUUUCUCUGCACCACAAUAAGAUUCGCAGCAUCGAAGCCACAGAGCUGAUACCAUACACGGCACUGGAGACUUUAGAUUUGAGCUCGAAUGAAAUCACCGAAAUUCGUAGAGGUUCUUUUCCUUUACAGCUUCGAAUUAAAGACAUCAACCUGGGGAGCAACAAGCUAAGCAGUCUAGAGGCUGGAUCAUUUGACAACCUGUCACGGUCUCUGCUUACCCUCCGUCUGAGCAAAAACAGAAUCUCCCAUCUUCCUGUCAAAGCGUUCAAGCUCUUCUCACUAACCCAACUGGAGCUGAAUCGAAAUCGGAUUCGCUUAAUUGAGGGACUCACGUUCCAGGGGUUGGACAACUUGGAGGUUUUAAAGCUGCAGAGGAACAACAUCAGUAAACUGACGGAUGGGGCUUUUUGGGGCCUGGCAAGGAUGCAGGUCUUACAUCUGGAAUAUAACAGCUUGACAGAAGUAAACAGCGGCUCUCUGUAUGGACUGCGGUCCCUGCAGCAGCUUUACCUCAGCAACAACUCCAUUUCAAAGAUCAGCUCAGGUGGAUGGAGCUUCUGCCAAAAACUUCAAGAGCUAGUCCUGUCUCACAAUAACCUCACACGAUUGGAUGAAGGGAGCCUGGCUGAUCUGAGUUCUCUGACUGCCCUGCGUCUCAGCCAUAACUCCAUCAAUCUCAUAGCUGAAGGAGCGUUCAGAGGGUUGCAGAAACUGCGGAUAUUGGAACUGGACCAUAACGAGAUCUCGGGCACAAUAGAAGAUACCAAUGGGGCCUUUAUAGGCUUGGAGAGCCUCAACAAGCUUUCUCUGUUUGGAAACAAGAUCAAGUCGGUGGCCAGAAACGCGUUCUCAGGCUUGGGGGCUCUGGAGCACCUAAACCUUGGCGGGAAUGCCAUGCGGUCAGUCCAAGCCGAGGCGUUUGGAGAGAUGAAAAUGCUGAGAGAGCUGUACAUUAACAGCGAGAGCUUCUUAUGUGACUGUCAUCUCAAGUGGCUUCCUGCAUGGUUGGCCAGUAAAAAGCUGCAGUCCAACGCGAAGGCCGUCUGUGCCCAUCCAGAGUCCUCACAGGGCAAAAGCAUUUUCAGCGUCCCGGCAAAGAAUUUUGUAUGCGAUGAUCUGCCUAAACCACACAUCAUGCUGCAGCCAGAGAAGACUAUGACAGUGCUGGGAAAAGACAUCCGCUUCUCCUGUUCGGCGGCCAGUAGCAGCAGUUCACCGAUGACAUUUGUGUGGAAGAAAGACAAUGAAAUCUUGCACAACGCAGAGAUAGAAAACUUUGCCAACAUCAGGGAGAAGGGUGGAGAUGUGAUGGUCUACACCACCAUUCUGCACUUGCGUAAUGUCACUUUUGAGCACGAGGGGCAGUUCCAGUGCAUCAUCACCAACCACUUUGGUUCCACGUACUCAAAUAAAGCUGGACUUGUUGUAAACGUUCUGCCAUCAUUUCUCAAAACUCCAAGAGAUAACACCAUACGGACAGGUACAACUGCCAGGCUGGAAUGUGCAGCAGACGGCCACCCCACCCCAGAGAUUGCAUGGCAGAAAGACGGCGGCACAGAUUUCCCUGCUGCUCGGGAGAGGCGCAUGCAUGUUAUGCCUGAAGACGACGUCUUCUUCAUUACAGAUGUCAAAAGUGAGGAUAUGGGGGUGUACAGCUGUACGGCACAAAAUUCUGCUGGAUCAGUUUCUGCGAAUGCAACACUGACUAUACUCGAGAUGCCAUUUUUGGCUCAUCCUCUAGAAGACCGCAUGGUUUCUGCAGGGGCUACGUUGGCAUUACAGUGCAAAGCUAAUGGCAGCCCUCCACCACGGAUAACAUGGUUGAAAGGAGACGAGCCCAUCAUAGUAACAGAAAGACACCAUUUCACACCGGGUAACCAGCUGCUGAUCAUACGCAAUGUGGUACAGGAAGAUGCCGGGAAAUAUACCUGCGAAAUGUCCAACACGCUUGGGACAGAACGCGCUUACAGCCAAGUUAGUAUCUACCCUACUUCGGGUGGAGGCUGUGUGUUGGAGACCAUUAAAAUGGAGGGAACCAUGACGUUCGGGAUCAUCACCAUCGCUGUUGUGUGUAGCAUUGUUUUAACAUCUCUCGUGUGGGUGUGCAUCAUCUACCAAUCCCGAAAAAAGAGCGAGGAAUACAGCGUCACCAAUACAGAUGAAACCAUUGUUCCUCCAGAUGUGCCAAGUUAUCUGUCUUCUCAAGGCAUCUGUUCCAGUGACAGCUCUGGGAAUACUGAUGUGGAGGCCUGUAAUGUUGACCACAGACAACCACGGCCCUGUGUAGGAUGCAACUCCGAUGAGCCUUGUAAAAGAGCCAGUGGAUUGUUCAGCACAGAAAGCCCAGGCUAUGGAUACCAGGUUGUGUGUACGGACUGCUUAGAAGGCCGCGCUAUGUACACCAAGGACCCCGACUAUUGUCCGCAGACAUUACAGCCUCUGGACUGUUCAUAUGAAAGACCUAGAAAUGACCAUGAUGGCUACAGAAAUGGCACGGACCAUUCUACAACACCAAACGGUCUUUCGAACCUGGGGGCCGUAAGCUACAACAAGAUGGAUGCCUGUGAAAUUGUGUACCCCAGCAACCACGAGAGGGUUCCUUUCUUGAGUGAACAGCAGACACACGUUUUGGUGUCUGAUUCACAAGGUUCACACCUGGAGCCAUUAAUCAGGUCGCCUCCUCCAGAUUUAUAUCACCAGCCUCCAGCACAGGACUGUUUUCUACAGCAAAUAUCACACUUAGCGGACCCUCUUCACAACGAGGGGGCAGCCAAAGAGCCGCCACUCUCCAACGGACACGCAUUGACUGCCCAGCACAAACCACACAGUGGAUCAGACAAUUCCAAAUGACUGCUAUGUGCAAAGGAGUAACAAAAAAAAGACUUAACAUUUUUUGCACUGAGCCAGUAAAGAUCUGUCUACCUCAACCCCUUAAGUUGCUAUUAGAGGGGUAAAACGGAAAUAAAUAUGAGGUACGAAUCAAAAGUUUCUGUGGGGCUAAGGAAGAAGCCAAACAACGUAUCGCUGGGCUAAAAGUACUUUAUGAACUUUCAAGUGUUGGUAGCUCAAAACGUCUAACUGCAUUUACGGCACAAAAAUGCAAAAGACUUGUAAGUAGUGAGACAGAAAAAAAAUAUCUAUUUUGUACAUUGUACAUAAGAGUUUUCAUAAAUAUAUAAAUAUGUAAAUAUCUAAAAGCUAGAUAUAAAUAUAUACACAUAUCUUCUAAAGAGUCUAUUUUAAUCGUUAGUGCAUGAACGCAGGAAAGGCUGUGAAACGCAUUGUUUGCAAAAUCGCAAUUGAGGCGUGAUUUAGGUGCCUUAUCGUAUGGAAGAAUGUAUGCUUAUUUACUGAGGUGUGAGGGUGCAACAAGCUGGUCUUUCACAACAUUUGUUUAAGGCUCCUUUCACAUGGGGCAGGUUCCAUUGUGAUCAGUAAAGGAUCUGUGAGAUGAUCCCCGGCCGGUUGGAGCAGAGCAGGUGGAUGACGCGUCCGUGUCCACUAAGUAUCUGCGGAGUGGAUACAGACAACCCCUGCUUUGCUCUAUGGGUGGCCAGGAAUAAACUGACUCCACUGUCUGUUUACACACACACUACCUACCACCAGUACCCUUCACCUAAAUGGUAGAGGACUGAGUCCUCUCUCGUUUUUCUGGGGGGGUUUUUAGCGGGCCUAAUCGGACCUGGAGGUAGGCAGGGGUAAGUUUACACCUACCUGUCCAUAGGGUUAAAUUAACCUUCUGGUCAGGGCCACCUGUUUGAAAGGGGUCUAAAAAAACUUUGUUAGGGAACAUUGUUUUAAAUGUAUGUAAAUUUAAUAGCUGAACUGGCUCAACCAGCAAAAUAUUUAUUUAAACGGAGGCAUGACUUUUGGCCUCUUUCCAGCCCUGCAUGUUCUGCUAUUCCACCACCAUGGUUUGUGGCCUCGCGUUACAUGACUGCAUUGGGCCUGCAUGGAAAGAAGCAUUCAUCUGGCAUUAAUGCCUACCACAUCCUUGGGCCAUGCCAUCUAAGGAGCAGCUAUAGAUGAUGUUUAGUCCUUUCCUUAUGACCCUCAUUAAGGCUUUGUUCUGCCAGUCUUCCCAAGACAGGGUAAGAUUUGGUGGGCGAAUUUGGUAAAUUGCCUCCUUGGCUUUGUUCAUAAGCUUAAACAUUUUCGUAUAGUUGGCUAAGUUUCUGAGCACUAAUCUGCAUAAUGCUUGAAGUAGUUUUCCCUCAUAGGGGCUACUACACAGAGGGGUGUCCAGGGACCUGAAGUGUGUGGAGGCCAAAGGCCUGAAUUUUCAAAGUGCCCAAGCUUUUUAAAUCAGGUAUGUGUUGGUGGAGUGCUAGGCUCCACAGUAGGCAGAAACCAGAACCAAGUUUUUAGAGGCAGCUCUCUUUUAAGUGGGGUAUCCCGAAGCAGUCUAUGGAGCAUUGGUAGGAUGAGAUUGCCACAAAGCCUGAGUAAGCCCACUAAGAAUUUUAUCACAACACAAGAUCAGAGAAGCCAACACGUUUCAGGGCUCAACUCCCCCUUCUUUGGAGCUCAUGUGCUGGCUGGGGGUUUAGAUUUAUACUAAACAGCAAUUGCAAAAUGAAACUGGAUAUCACCAAAAUGUUCCAGGUUGCUAAACUGACAGCCUAUCAGAUUAGCGGCCUGCGUAAUUUUGGUGAGAUUCAGUAUAAGUCUAAACUCCCUGACAACACACAAGCUCUGAUGAAGGAGAAGUUGAGCUACUGAAAGACGUUUUUUUCUGGUCUUGUCAUGAUACAUUUCUUACCGUACUUAAGUUCUAUUGCUCUCUCAUCCUUCCAAUAGAAGCUUUUCAAUGCAGUCAGGGAGAUACUUGUCAUUAACAAAUACUUCCCCCAAAUCUUUCAAAUAAAGCUUAAUAUAAGCAGCUGUCACGCUCUACACCUCAGUAAAUAAUUGGAAGCAUAAUACAAUGGCUUGCACAAACCUUAACGUGUCCCCAGUACUUCCACAGCCACGUUUUGGGCUGAAGUCGCCUAAGCUAAGAAUCUGGUGACAUACGAGAUUCCAUGCCAGUGGUUGUCACUUGGUUCUUUGUGAUUUCAAGAGUAAGCCUUCAGCCUGCACAAUGGCGGACUCUGCUGGGUGCAGUAAAGGGAAAACUUUAAGAGGCAUAAAGUAGAUUGCACUUAAAAUUUUAUCUCUGUAUCUUCAAUUGGAACAUUUUGAAUGUGGGGAACAUGGAAGGGGAAUAGUGUAUUACAGAAAAAUAUUACCUUUUUAUAUCACAUUCCAAAUGAAGAAGUAUCCGGUCAAGAGGUUGGAAAAAAUACCCAGAUUUUACUAGGUCAUCAAAAGCAUCCUUUUCUGAAUUCUAUACCUUUUUCCUUGUCAGUUAUUUGCAUCAAUACUGUAAUAAGCCCCAUUUACAUCUUAUGUGUAUACAGUGCAGCAAUAUUAAGCCUAGUGUAGUUUACAGCAGACUCCAAAAUCUAAACCAGAGAACAUGAGUGCUACAGGCCAAACUUUACAGUGCCAAGAUGAGGGCCCCCCUCCAAAUCCAUGAAAGUCAGUUUUUGAUUAGGUCUAGGCACUCCCUUCAUAUGACUUGGGACUAGCAACAAAUUGCAAGCAUUGCAUUGCGAUAGGUAGGGAGAAGUUUGCAUGUGUUCCCCAUCCAAGGAAGUGGGGUGUAGAGGGGUUGAGGGUUGCCACUGGCAGAUUUGGGCGAUGGAUAGCAAUGUCAAGGCAGGAUGUGACUUUCCUUAGCUGUGAAGUUGCUAAAAUGUGGGACCCAUUCACACUAAAGCGAUCAAUUGUGGUGCAUUUACGCAUGCACUGUAUGACAUGUUAAUAUGCAUUGUGUUAAACUCAUUCAUUAUGAAUGGACUGCUAACAAACCACAAUAGGUUAAAAAAAAGUGCAUUAAUUUUUUUUUUU